UUGGACACUGUGGUACAUCUUUUCCCGCAUCCAACGUUGCGUCAGUAGAGCCACUUCCUAAUGAAAGAGAAACUUUGUUUGAUUUUGUCAAAGCAAGUCCCACACCAUGGAGGAGGAUUUGGAGUCGCGCUCCACGGCCCCUUCUGAUACCGGCGCGCGCACGGCGGCCACGGCUCCUCGGAGCGGUUCAGACACGGACAGCAGUUCAUCGACCCUGGCGUAUGACAAACAUUUCAUCUGUUCAGCACCUGGGCUGCUCACUCUAACAGAAUUAGUAUUUGGUCUUCUGGUGUGGAUGUUGGUCGGUGGAACCGAGUUUGGGCAGGUGCUAGCCCUGGCCUGCAUCAUGUGUGUAGCGGUGGGCUGCUGGCUGCUGACACUUGGCCUUCUGGUCGUCUGCCUCAUCGGCACACACUCACACAUGCCUCGGGUACCCUGGAACACAAUGGUUUUGUGUUUUAACAGCGUAGCAGCAGUGCUGUACUCAGUAGUGGCUCUAGUGGAGACCGCAGUGGUCGCCAAGGCCACAAGGGGGCGACACAGCUACCACAGUUGGAUGGCCUCCACGAUUUGUGCCUUCCUUGUGGCUGUAUGUUAUACUCUCAGUGCUUGCCUGAGCUUCAGGGAAUGGAAGAAGGCAGGCAAAGCUGAUGAAGAGGACGUUACACACAGCAGCACUUUGACCUGGCAAGUCAGACUAUAACAGGAGAAGUAGGCAACUGAGGGGGUG